GGACACUGAUUGCAUACAGGUUGAGGUGAUAAGAUGAAGACCAUGCAGGUGAUUUUCUUGACUCUGCUGUCUGUUCUCGCAGCCAGCGCUCAGGUCCUGAAGUUUGGCAGAUGUCCCAAACCUGCUGUUCAGGCCAACUUUGAUGCCACCAAUUACAUUGGUAAGUGGUAUGAGAUCCAGAAGCUGCCAACAUUCUUCCAGAAAGGCGAGUGUGGCACUGCCACCUACAGCCUGAAGAGUCCUAGUGUCGUUGGUGUCCUGAACAGAGAGCUGCUUGAUGAUGGAACCAUUAAUUCAAUCGUGGGCUCUGCCAAGGCCAAGAACCCCGCUGAGCCUGCCAAGCUUGAGGUCUCCUUCUUUGAAACAUCUCCCCCUGGUCCCUACUGGGUGCUGUCCACCGACUAUGAGGGUCACUCUCUGGUCUACGGCUGCUCCGACUUCGGCCUGUUCUACAUGGAGCUGUCCUGGAUCCUGAGCAGGGAGCCCACCCUGUCUGCGGAGACCAUGGAGGAGCUGCACGGUAUCCUGUCCUCUGUUGGAGUCAGUGUGGACAAGAUGGUCCCCACCAACCAGGAUGAGACCUACUGCAGCCCCAUGAACCAGUAAACUGAGAUACUAUAACAGUUUCAGCCUACAGGACUGUGACCGGCCGACUGGGAUCUAUGACACAGCUGAAGUCAGUGUGUGAUGUGGUCGAUCAGUUUACAAAAUUGUGCAAUAAAAAGUGCAAUAAACCUGGAGAAAGAAA